UUAUAUUGCAUUUGUUUCCUUUCAUUUUAUUUUAAUCAUAAUCUGGAAAGUUUGUGAUUUGUUUGUGUUUUUAUUUUUUUUUAGCACGCGCGCUCGGUUGCGAGCCCAAAAACCAACAAACAACCAAAUAAACCAACAAACAAAGCGCUGCUCCGCUCCUGACCGCCACUGAACGGCUGAAACGGAUUAACCGGCUAUUCUGAGCGCUAAUGAGAUUGGACCGGAGACGUGGCAGACAUGGAGCGUAGUAUCUCCGUGCUUUGGCUCAGUUUGGCUCGCCGUCUUGUUGCCUGUCACUCGGAAAUGGCGCUUUGAGAGUAACCGAGCCGCGCGCGCGGCAAACCUGCCCUGCACACCUCCUAUAAACACCUCGCUUUUGCAUGCUCACCUGUGCGUUGGGCUUUGUUUCCCCAAACCCUUAUAUUUUAGGUUGUUUUAAAAGCGCGCGCGCGCGUCUACGUUAGAGUGGACUGUAGCUUACUGUAACAUGAAGUACCAGAAAUACAUCACGGUUAUGCAGAUGGCUAUGGGAGUGACCGCGUCCAACAAAGACGAUUGCAUCCCUCCGAAAAGACAGCUGUGGGUGCCCCCCAGCUCCGACGCUGCCGCCUCGUCCGGUGCGGCGCCCCCCGGGGUGGCGGUGAGCCAGGGGAAGCCGUCACUGCGCAGGAUCAAGGGACGAGUUCAUCGCAGCAAGAGCCUGGACAGCAUCGACCUGCUGGACUGCAACAGUGCAGCGAUGGAGGAAACAGUUAUAUGGGAGCAGCACACGGUGACUCUUCACAGGGCUCCAGGAUUUGGAUUCGGUAUUGCCAUCUCAGGAGGAAGAGAUAACCCUCAUUUCCAGAGCGGAGAGACCUCCAUCGUCAUCUCUGACGUCCUGAAAGGAGGACCAGCAGAGGGGCUUCUGCACGAGAAUGACCGAGUGGUGAUGGUGAACGCGGUCUCCAUGGAUAACGUGGAACACGCCUACGCCGUCCAGCAGCUCAGGAAGAGCGGCAAAAAUGCCAAAAUUACAAUUCGGCGUAAACGCAAAGUCCAGAUCCCAGCAGCUCGAGCGGGCGAAAGGGAAACCAUGUCCGAACGUGAGGAGGAUACGGAGGACGAGGAAUUCGCUGGGCCGGGUGCCAGAGCCGGCACGGGGACGAACAGACGCAACGAACGGAGUGCUAGUCUGGGGCGGAGGGAACAGAGCGCGUCCCCUCGGUCCGACAGACGCUCGGUCACCUCCGCCGGCCCACCGAGACCCUCUAAAGUCACGCUGGUCAAAUCACGCAAAAAUGAAGAAUAUGGGCUGAGACUGGCCAGCCACAUUUUCGUGAAGGACAUCACACCUGAAAGCCUGGCGGCUCGAGAUGGAAACAUACAGGAGGGAGACGUGGUGCUGAAGAUUAACGGCACUGUGACGGAGAACCUGUCCCUCACAGACGCUAAGAAACUGAUCGAGCGCUCCAAAGGCAAGCUGAAGAUGGUGGUGCAGCGAGACGAGAGAGCCACGCUCCUCAACGUUCCCGACGUGGACGACAGCAUUCCUUCCGGCAACUCCGAGCGAGACGAUAUUUCAGAAAUCCAUUCCCUCACCUCCGAUCAUUCCCAUGAGCAGCUGCGUGCCGGACUCUCGCGCUCACCAGACAAGCGUUCCGAUCCAUCUGACAUCUCCGGCCAGUCCCCUCAACAGAUCAGCAACGGAAGCCACAGGAGUCGGGAUGAGGAGCGGAUCUCGAAGCCUCCGAUCGUGUCCACUCCAGUGAAGAUGGUGGAAGACGCUCUGCUCGUCCCCGGCAGCGAGGAGGCGGACAAACAGAUUCCUCCACUGCCAGAGCCGAAGCCAGUGUACGCUCAGCCCGGACAGCCGGAUGUAGAUCUGCCUGUCAGUCCCUCCGAUGCCCCCGUACCCAACGCUGCACACGAUGACAGCAUCCUGCGCCCCAGUAUGAAGCUGGUGAAGUUUAGGAAAGGAGAGAGCGUGGGUCUGAGGCUGGCAGGAGGAAACGAUGUGGGGAUCUUCGUGGCUGGAGUUUUGGAGGACAGUCCUGCUGCUAAAGAGGGUUUGGAGGAGGGAGAUCAGAUACUCAGGGUAAACAAUGUCGACUUUGCAAACAUUAUCCGUGAGGAAGCGGUGCUGUUUCUCCUGGACCUGCCCCGAGGAGAAGAGGUCACCAUUCUGGCCCAGAGGAAGAAGGAUGUGUAUCGACGGAUCGUGGAGUCCGACGUGGGCGACUCCUUCUACAUCCGCACCCACUUCGAGUACGAGAAGGAGUCUCCGUACGGCCUGAGCUUCAACAAGGGCGAGGUUUUCCGUGUAGUGGACACACUCUACAACGGCAAGCUGGGCUCCUGGCUGGCCAUCCGCAUCGGGAAGAACCACCAGGAGGUGGAGAGGGGUAUCAUCCCCAACAAGAACAGGGCCGAGCAGUUGUCCAGCGUCCAGUACACUCUACCCAAAACCCCCGGCGGAGACCGCGCCGAUUUCUGGAGGUUCCGCGGACUUCGGAGCUCCAAGAGGAACCUCAGAAAGAGCCGGGAGGAUCUUUCCGCUCAGCCGGUGCAGACCAAAUUCCCCGCAUAUGAAAGGGUCGUCCUUCGGGAAGCCGGGUUCCUGAGGCCUGUGGUGAUCUUCGGGCCCAUCGCUGAUGUCGCUCGAGAGAAACUGGCCAGAGAAGUGCCUGAUCUGUUUGAGCUCGCCAAAACACAGCGCCCUGGAGACGGGGAAAAAAGCGAGCCCCGAGACGCAGGUACGGAUCAGCGCAGCUCCGGGAUUAUCCGCCUUCACACCAUCAAGCAGAUCAUCGAUAAGGAUAAACACGCCGUGUUGGACAUCACCCCCAACGCGGUGGACAGGCUGAACUACGCUCAGUGGUACCCCAUCGUGGUGUUCCUGAACCCUGACAGUAAGCAGGGGGUGAAGAACAUGAGGACGAGGCUGUGUCCCGAGUCGAGGAAGAGCGCCAGGAAGCUGUACGAGCGCGCCCUCAAACUGAGGAAGAACAACCACCACCUCUUCACCGCCAUUAUAAACAUGAACAACAUGAAUGAGGGUUGGUACGGAGCUCUGAAGGAGACGAUCCAGCAGCAGCAGAAUCAGCUGGUCUGGGUUUCUGAGGGCAAGGCGGACGGCGCUUCUGAAGACGAUCUGGACAUUCACGACGAUCGGUUGUCGUACCUGUCGGCGCCGGGCAGUGAGUACAGCAUGUACAGCACGGACAGCCGCCACACCUCCGACUACGAGGACACGGACACCGAGGGCGGAACCUACACCGACCACGAGCUGGACGAGCCGCUGAACGACGAGCCGCUGAAUGACGACGGGGUCCCGCGCCACGCCCCGGCCAUCAGCCGAUCCUCGGAGCCCGUCGUGGAACAGCCUCCUCCCAGCUACGACGCUCUCGCGCGCAUUGAUCCGGCCGCCUUCAAAAACACGCCCAUGUCACACCAGAAAGCAGAGCCCGCUCUUCCCGAGCCAGCGUCUCCCGCUGCACACCUUAAUGUAGCGCUUCUGAGUUCGGCGGAGGGCAACGCCGGACCGGGGGCGGACAUCUUGCCCCCGGCUCCCGAGCCCAGCCAAUCAGAGCCCAAGCAGCCGUACCAGACGGAGAUCUACAGCGAGAACCCGGCGGCACGGACGAGCAGCCCUGGGUUAAAGCAGCCACCUGUUUACAAUUCCCAGCAGCCCCUUUACCAGGAGGACGCAGCGUACAGAGAUUACGAUCACCAGCCAUACCGUUACGAAGGUCCGUACACCGACGCCAAGUCUCGGAAUUACGACUCGCAAGAGCAGUGGCCUGGAUACGAGCGUCAAGGCGACUACAGCCCAGCGAGACCUCGCUUCGGGAAGCCCGCGCCGGCGCCUGUCCGUCACGACGAAGCCCCGCCCACUAUCACACCCGCACGUUUCGACCAGGAUCCCCUCCCUCCGCCCGCGUCUCGCUCCCCGGAGCCACCGAAACAGUAUUACGAAGCCGCGCCUCCUCCGAGACCCACCCAGCCUAGGGGGUACGUGAGUUCGGACACCCCGCCCCCUCCCAAAGUCGAGACCCUCCCAGCAGAGGCGGACACUCUGAACAAGCCCCUCCCACCCCCGCCUCCAGAGGCGGGGGAAGAUCCGGCGAUGAAGCCACAGUCUGUUCUGACUCGGGUGAAGAUGUUCGAGAACAAGCGCUCGGUGUCGGUGGACCGCGCCAAAGAGAACCUGGACACCACGCUGAGGUCAGCAGACAUGGUCCCUAAACCAGGGGCUGCCUCUGUGCCCAAAGCGAACUCUCUGAACAGCCUCGAUCAAGAGAAGACCUUCAGAGCCCCCGAGCCCCAGCAGCCCCAGUCGAGACCAAGCGACAUCAUCCGGGCGAAUCAUUACGACCCUGACGAGGAUGAGGAGUACUACCGGAAGCAGCUGUCUUACUUCGAUCGCCGCAGUUUUGACACCAAGCCUCCAGCACAAACACAACCACAACCUGGGAGCAAACCAACACAACCACAGAGCCAGCCUGGGAACAACUACCCCAGGACUGAGUCACUUGAGAAGGUCAGUCCUGUUCCCCAGGUAAUCCCAGUUGCUCCGCCCCCUACUUUACCCAAACCUGCAGCUCCCACUCCUCCUCCAGAACCUCUCAGCUCUCCCAAAGUCAAGCCCCUGGGUCGCGAGGACACGGUGCAAAGCUCCUACCUCCCCCAGAAGAGUUUCCCCGAGAAAUCUCCUGUCAACGGCACGGGCGCUCCUCCACCCUCCUCCAGCUACACCCGCUACAACAUCCCCAAACCGUACACGGCCUCGGCGCGGCCCUUCGAGCGCAAGUUCGACAGCCCCAAGUUUAACCACAACCUCCUGCCCAACGACACCACGGUCAAAGUGCUGUCCAGCAGCCCGGUGAAAACCCAGACGCAGCCUGCGGAUCAGGACGACUCCUUUAACCGCGCGCCUAAAUACCAGAACAACAACAUCAACGCCGUGCCCAAGGCCAUCCCUGUCAGCCCCAGCGCUCUGGAGGAUGAUGAUGAUGAAGAUAUGCACACGGUCGUCGCCACAGCGCGAGGCAUCUUCAACUCAAAUGGCGGCGUUUUGAGCUCCAUAGAGACGGGCGUGAGCAUCAUCAUACCCCAAGGGGCAAUUCCUGAGGGUAUUGAGCAGGAGAUCUAUUUCAAAGUGUGUCGGGACAACAGCAUCCUGCCACCGCUCGACAAGGAGAAAGGAGAAACCCUUCUGAGUCCCCUGGUGAUGUGCGGUCCACACGGUCUGAAGUUCCAGAAGCCCGUGGAGCUUCGUCUUCCUCACUGUGCGUCUAUGACUCCUGAUGGUUGGUCUUUUGCUCUAAAAUCCUCCGACUCCUCGUCGGGUGAUCCCAAGAACUGGCAGAAUAAAUCUCUUCCUGGAGAUCCAAACUACUUGGUUGGAGCGAACUGCGUGUCUGUGCUCAUUGACCACUUCUGAGGAGCCUGUUACACACACACACACACACACACUGCCAUUAGCGAACUGAGCUCUUUAACUUUUCGGAAAUUAAAAUAUGAAGGAUGUCUGCGCUUUUCUAUUUUUAUUUUUUAUUUUAUUGAUAGAUUUUGAGGCAGGAGACAAGAUGAUCUAAUCUGGAGUACUGUUUCUCUCUUCUUCCUCCUUCUUCCUCUUCUUCUUCCUCUUCUUUUUUCUUCUCGUUGGACUGCACAAGAACCCCCCCCCCCCCCAGAUUUCCAUGAACCGCUGAUACGAACUCUCUCCAGUAUGCACGCUGCAGUAUUUAGAGUGACUUUCAUAUAUAAAGGAGAUCAAGCUUUAGUCUAUUUCAGUGAAGCCCCACACACACACACACACACACACACACACAGACAGGGUGGGUGUUGAGGGACGAGAAGAAAGUGUAGAAAUCGACACAGUGUCCAACAGAAAUGAAGGACUGUGACAGACAUUAGAUAUAAGGAAAGAAAUCGUACGUGAAACAAAGCACAGAACGUGAGCGUGGACGUGACCCGGUGCUGCUGUUCCCCAAAAAACCUCCUCCAGCUCCCUAACAAUAACGUCACAACUUUACACGUCUAGCACAAACUUCCCUACGCUGUGAAGAUCUAUGCACGUCAGACUCAGGACUCCUGCUCACACUCCUCCUCUCUUUCCUCUCUCUCUUUCUCUCUCUCUCUCUCUCUCUCUCUCUCUCUCUCACACACACACACACAAACACACACACACACUCAUGCUAAAGCAGAAGAUGCCUUAUUCAACAUUUUUCAACUCCGUGUGUUUGUCUUUUGCGUGAUAAGUUAUACGAUAAAAGCAACAAAAUGAAGUUCUGCCAGCGUGUCUAAUCCUGAAACACACGUAUACACACACACACACACACACAGAGAGCUCGGCGUACCUGCUAUGCACACGAUUCUGACACGAGAAGAAAAUCAGCUGUAUAUAAAGCUAACAUGGCCUUCGUUCUUGGUUUGUAAAUGACUUUUUUAUGUCUUUAUGGUUUUUGUAAGAAAAGAAAAAACUUAGGAAGGCAAAAAAAAAACAAAACAAAACCUCUAAACAAAAAUAAAUACAUAAAUGCAAUGAAAAUGAAGUUUAUAUUCCGGUUAUAUCUUGAGCCUUGCAAACUUGUGACUUGAUAGUAAUAUUAAUAUUAAUGUUUCCUUUUUUUUUUUGUUUUUUUUUUUUAAAAUCAAUUUAUCCACACUAAUGUCUAAACCUUUUUUGUUUUUUUAUUUUAUAAAACAAUUACCGCAACCAUUUUACGCUUUCAUUUUGAAAUCAUGAAGAAGUGCUCCGCUCGAGUUAAACGCUCUUCUGAUAAAGCGUGUUUCUCCGCUUCUGCUCAUUUUAUCUGUAAUGCUGUUUACGUGCCCUGAAAUGUAUUUUUUUACUAAUAGAUGAUCUAUUAUUAUUAUUAUUAUUAUUAUUAUUAUUAUUAUUAUUAUGGCACACCAGUAAGAUUUUAUUUUUUUCUUUUAAAUAACACGGCUUCAAUUGAACAUUAGAUCUUCACACCUUUUUUCUUUUUCUUCUGUUCAGUCCAGGUAUGCCACUAUAUUCCUUAAUAAAAUCAUUUUUAAAAUAAA